AACCUCUGCCACCGGGAGCACUGUUACCCACGCUGUGUGCAGCAUGGCGUCCCUGGAUACCACCGACGCGCUCCUUCACUGAUCAGGAGAGACUGUUCUUUGGGGAAACUGCGGGACAAACUGGCACUUCAGCGGGUCUGCUCCCACUACAUCGCCGUAUGUCAACGAUGAUGAUGAUGGUGAUGUUGAUGAACCGGAAUGGAGUCGAGCAGGGUGGAUUAAUUCUGCACCAUGAAUGACAGAUACCACAAGGCGGCCCGGGACGGCUACCUGGACCUGCUGAAGGAGGCAACUCGUAAGGAUCUCAACGCGCCGGAUGAGGAUGGCAUGACACCGACAUUAUGGGCUGCUUAUCACGGCAACCUGGAGGCUCUGCAGCUGAUCACGGCGAGGGGAGGAAACCCUGACAAGUGUGACAUAUGGGGGAACACGCCACUCCACCUGGCAGCUGCCAAUGGUCACCUCAACUGCCUUUUCUUCCUGGUGUCUUUCGGUGCCAACAUAUGGUGCCUGGACAACGACUACCACACGCCGUUGGACAUGGCUGCCACAAAGAAUCACAUGGAUUGCGUCCGCUACUUGGACACCAUCGCCACCAAGCAGACGGGCCUCAACACGAAGCUGGUCAGCAAGAUGAAGGACCGGGCGUUUCGCGAUGCUGAGCGGCGAAUCAAAGAGUGUGUGAAGAUGCAGAAGAAACACCACAAACGCAUGGAGCGAAGGUUUCACAGGGAGACUUCUGAGGCUUCUGCAUCAGAUGUCAUGAGCUUUUCUAGUUACACCAGCAGCUCUCUUAGCCACAAGCUGCAAAACUUUAAUGCAGCCACAGUCAGUGUGCCAUAUUCUCAGGCUACUCUCCAUGCCACAAAUCGAGGGAAGACAAAGAUUCAGAGGAAGCUGGAGAAGAGGAAGCAAGGAGAUGGGACCUUUAAAAUCUACGAGGAUGGGAGGAAGAGUGUGCGAUCCCUCUCUGGACUUCAGCUGGGCAACGAUGUUAUGUUUGUCAAACAGGGGACUUACGUCAACCCAAAGGACCGUGGCCGCCGCAACAUUCGUGACAUGUUCCCCAGGGACAAUUAUGAUGCCAUUUCACGUGCCAUGAGCGAGCCAGACCUCCAUGGGACCGAUGUGGACUACUCUGAGAUCAGCACUGACUCGGGACAUGAUUCUCUAUUUAACAGACCCGGUCUGGGCACCAUGGUCUUUAGGAGGAACUAUGUGAGUGGUGGAAUGUUCGACCUCGGUGGUCGGGAUGAGGACAGCGCAGACCGGUCAGGCAAUAAUGUGCGUUUACGCAGUCGGCUGCAGCAAUAUGCGAGUGCAGAUGAAGACAGCAUUGGCAGUGCACGCAGCCUGCAGGAGAGGAACGUGGAGGAGCUGCCCUGGGAAGAAAUCGAAUUAGGGCUGGACGAUGAUGAUGAGGUUAACACAAGCCCGCUGGAGGUCUUCCUCGCCACACAGAGCAUGAGUGACUUUUUCUCCAUUUUCAAGAGGGAAAAGAUUGACCUUGAAGCACUGUUGCUCUGCUCUGAUCAUGACCUUAAGAGUAUCCGCAUCCCCUUAGGACCAAGAAAAAAGAUCUUAGAUGCUUGUAAGAGACGUCUGGAGACCAUCGAGUACCCAGACUGCAUCGAGGACACAGAACUGUGAGUGACGGGAUUUUCAGUGAUACAGCGUAGUGAGGAAAUAUUUUGGCAUGUCCCUUUACAUCAGCGCGGAUCCUCUUCAGUAACAAACACAGUUCCUUCUUUUGUCUUCAUUCUGUCCUGCAGAUUAUAAAAGGUGUUGGUCCCCCCCCCCCUGCUGUGUGCUCAUUCAGGCUUAAAGGUCAGUGGAGAAUUGUAGAAUGGAUGUCGCAUAUGGACAGGGAGGACGUUUACCUCUCCUGGUACCACUGUGGUAACGGAGAAGAAAGGACACUGUUAAGAUGAAUAUGUCAAGCAAGAAGCGACGUGUGAGACUCUUUUCCAGUGUCUCGUUAGCUUUGGGAGGAUCAAUGCAAAUAUCUCUGUAUAUCGGUUGGUUGGAGUCCUCGGCACUGCAUGGUUUAACAAACUAAAAGACCAUUUGACAGAGUGCAAUGUUCAUUGCAUGCAAUGUGACAUAGUUAACAGAGAACUGAUUGUGGAGGCUGUGUCCCCUGAAUGUUUUGCCCCUGUGGGGUAAAUCCCACCACCUCAUGUGCCUGCAUUGCUCGUGCCUGUGCAUUUGCUUAAAAGUUUCUUUUGUCAAAAAUACCUUAGACAUUAACUUAAUUGUAACUUAAGUAUUAACAGUUUCAAUAACAACAUUCUGAGCAACAUUUUCACCCAGAGGAGCCACUCUCUAUGUCAUCCCUGUACAUGUUUAUACACAGCGAGCCAUGGUGGUCAAAGUGUGGCUCUCUGGCAACGCAGGCCAAGUGUUUAUUAAGAUAACUGUUUUGAUUUACUGUAGUAUUUUAAACUAUACGAAAACACAGUAUAUUUAGAUAAUUUUACAAUACACAAGUUACCCAUGUUACAGUUCUAUAUGUUGCAUGUUCCGUCCAUACACUAGGAGAUUUAUAAACCUUUCUAUAUCUCUCGGUCAAUCUUGAUAAUAUGAGAGUCUUCAAACUGUUUGUAUCUUGUAGUUCUUUUUAAAUAAUGUACAUCUGUACAGGAUUAUAUGUUGAUGUUUACUACUGCUAUCUCAACCUUUUAACAUUUAGGUGGAUUUUUCAUU